CAUGUUAUCUCAGAGCCUCAUUGAGCUUAAACAUGAACAACAAGAGUCGGCAUCACCGGAUGACGUAGAAAAAAUAUGGAUUCAUUUCGCUUGAAACUUCUCAGUGUUAUUAGUUAUAAGAUACGGUUCUGUUCACGGUAAUGAAGCGUAUUCUGGUGGUCAAUUAAUACCAGCGAUGACAACCUUCCGCAAAAAGAGUUCGCUUUCGUUCAAAAUGAAAGCAAUAAAAGAGAACUUCGAAGCCAUGCUAUGCGAGAGCAUUGGAAGAACAGACGACAUACGAUCAACGAAGAGAAGCAAAGACGACAGAAGCGGACACAGCAUACGCUGUUGCCCACUCCGACGACGCAAUCAACAAUGUCUGAUGAGAACUCCGAGUCCUCCAGCUCAGUAAUGAACCUUAGUGCCUCUUCUGACAAGGCGACGAUACCUAACGACGAACGUCAAUCAGGUCUGGAAGGCAUUCCGCAUCAGAUACUUUCAGGGGUGAAUCUGGCGUUGGGGUCCAGCAGGCUUGACCCUUUCGAACAACUGCCCGUGAAGCUAUUAAUUCAACAUCACAAGCUUCUUCAUCACUGGUUUAGCGCCCACGCCGCUAUGAUGUUUGAAGCGCCUUCCGAUGGGGCCUUCAAUCCUAUGCGUGACGUAUGGUUACCCCUUGACCUAUCCAAUCCGGCAUCGUUCAAUGCACUUAUGGCGCUUUCAGCUGCACAUCUCUCUUGGAUGCAAGGUUUCAGUCAAUCAGAAAUGGCACUAGAGUUUAAGAGCAAGGCGGUGAAGAUCGUUCAGCUCUGGAUGCAAGACCCGGAGCGUGCAGUGUCAGAGGAUAUUUUGGCUGCUAUCCUACGUCUUCUGACUUACGAGAGGUACUGGGGAACCGAGACCGAGUGGAUCAUCCAUCACAAGGGUCUGAUGAAUCUCGUCGAGGCUCGCGGCGGUAUAGCGGCACUCAGCAGUAACUGGAGGCUUGAGCUAACGACCUUCCUGGUUUCAUUGAUGGCAAGGCCGACUUGGUUCGAUUGUUCCAAUCAGAUCCAAGAACUACUAAUCCAUGCUUCGGAGCUCCCAUUACAUCCCGUCCUGAGCAAUGGAAGUAACUUGCGAAAGGUCCGCAGCCUAUGGCUCCUUUCGUUCAUCCAAGACAUGGGCACAUUCCGAACGAACCUUCUGAGAAACACUACGGUGCAAUACUCGGCGUUCCAUGAAGCCAUCUUGCUAUUGAAGGCUCACCGUCAGGACCACGAACUGGACGCUGGCCGCCCAGAGCUCUGUAGCGAUCUGGAAUUCAUGCGACUUGCCUGUUUGCUAUUCAUCUGUGUGCUCUUACAGCAGUCUCUGUUUGGUUCCCAAACCGACACAGGAAUGUACCAAGAUGGGGUCUGGGGCUUACAAAACCCGAAUACCUUGGAUCUGCUCGACUUUUUUCUUGAGGCAAAUAAGCCGUCCUGGCAUGGCUCUCUCGAAAAUUUGAACAAUGUUCUUUUCAUUCACUUCAUCGCAUCGGAAGGGCCAGGAUUGGAUUCGGACUAUGUUCGAAACAUGACGGCAGUUAUUGCAUCUUUGAGUGGCGGAGUUCGUUAUGCCGUGGAAAGAUGCCUGCUGGAGAUGUUAUACCGAACAAGUGGCGGUGAACAAAACUUGUUUGAGGAGAAAUUUACCCCUGAUAUCCUAUUGUCGACAAUAUCUGGGCAGUGAAGGCACCUGGACAAUUUCAUCUGGACUCUAGUGGUUUUGACCCCCAAGCUUGGUCUUCGUGUCUAUUUAUGGGGCUUAUUUGGAGUCGAUAGGAAUCCCGAUGCUUCAGUUAGUUAUGGAAUGAGAAACGCCGUUGAUCGGCUUCAAAGGACCUCAGCUCCCUCAAUAUAUGACUAGUAACACAUUCAUAUGACCCUGGUUGGGCACGAGACUUUGACAGAAGAAAGCUGAGAAUGCUCAGGCAUGGUGGAGCUUGUGCAAGGGAUCU